GAAUUUGGCGUUAACUGACGCUCCUCAGUAGAACUCCAAUUGGCGUUCGUUAGAAGCUUCUUUGCAUAACUCCAUAAGGAAAAAUUCUCCCGGGAAGCGACUUACCGGCUUCCACUGCAACUCCUCGCCCUAGCUGAACAAGCUCCUGAUUCAAUGCCGGAGGAGGCCUAGGGUUUUCACAAUCAAUUUGAUCUUGAAAAACGCUGAUCUGUGGCGUGGCGGGACUCUUCUUGCUGUUCCAUAUUCGACAUUCUCGAUUCUCAUUUAGAUGCCACAUGGAAGGCAACGAAGAGGAAGUGGGAGGGUUCUUCCGCAUGGAAACAUAGCUCUUGCAGAUUAAAGCUCUUCUGCUUCAUAGUGUGAAUCAAUGGGCUGCGUCUGCGUGAAGCCCUUGUUUGGUGAUGAUAACCGGAGAAGUCCAAGGGCGCGGCCAGUUAAUCCCGCGCCUCCGGCGGUUAAUACGGCGCAGUUGCUGGCUCAGGCGAAGCUUUCGGCGGCGGUGUCUUCUUCGGGGCAGGAGAUAGUGGCUGUUCGUUGGACUGGGAUUACGGCGGGAGAGAGGAAACAUGAUGUGGAGAUGAGGAGGGAAAGACAAGUUCAUCCCAGUAAUCAACUGGUGCGGCUGAGUGGCAGCAUUCCGAAGAGCGUGGAAGGGGAGCAAGUUGCGGCUGGGUGGCCGGCUUGGCUUGCAGCCGUGGCUGGAGAGGCGAUUCAUGGCUGGGUUCCGCGUCGGGCUGACUCAUUUGAGAAGCUUGAUAAGAUAGGUCAAGGCACCUACAGCAAUGUAUACAGAGCUCGUGAUCUUGAUAAUGGAAAAAUUGUUGCAUUAAAGAAAGUGAGGUUUGACAGUUUGGAGCCUGAAAGUGUACGCUUUAUGGCUCGGGAGAUCCACAUUCUGCGAAGGCUUGAGCAUCCAAAUAUAGUAAAGCUAGAGGGCUUAGUAGCUUCGCGCUUGUCUUCCAGUUUAUACCUUGUUUUUGAGUACAUGGAGCAUGAUCUUGCUGGUCUUGUUUCUCAUCCCAGUAUCAAAUUCACAGAACCACAGGUAAAAUGUUACAUGCAACAGCUAUUGUGUGGUCUUGAUCACUGUCAUACCCAAAAUGUCCUGCAUCGGGAUAUAAAGGGGUCUAACCUUUUAAUCGACAAUAAUGGCAUUUUAAAGAUUGCAGACUUUGGCUUGGCAAGUUUCUUUGAUCCUGAGCAACACCAAACUUUAACAAGUCGUGUGGUCACUCUAUGGUAUCGACCCCCUGAGCUUUUGCUUGGUGCUACUAACUAUGGCGUUGCUGUUGAUUUAUGGAGUGCUGGUUGCAUACUUGCUGAACUUUAUGUGGGCAAGCCUAUAAUGCCUGGAAGGACAGAGGUGGAGCAGCUGCACAAGAUUUUCAAGCUCUGUGGUUCACCAGAUGAGGACUACUGGAGGAAGUCCAAACUUCCUCAUGCCACCAUUUUUAAACCACAACAUCCUUACCCUCGGUGUCUUGCUAAAACAUAUAAGGAGUUACCUGCACCAGCUUUAGCGCUUAUGGAAGUGUUACUGUCCAUUGAUCCAGCUGAUCGUGGUACUGCAGCAUCUGCACUAAAUAGUGAGUUUUUUACAGCUAAUCCCUUUCCUUGCGACCCGUCAACGUUGCCCACAUACCCCCCUAGCAAAGAGUUCGAUGCUAAAGUUCGGGACGAAGAAACUAGAAGGCAAGGUGCUAGUGGAGACAAGUUGCAAAGACCAGACCUUGAAAAGAGAGGACUCGGAGAAUCAAGAGCUGUUCCUGCACCAAAUGCCAAUGCCGAGUUAUCUAUGUCAAUAAAGAAAAAAUGGCUUGGACAAGGUAAUCCUAAGAGCAUGAGUGAGAAUUUCAGCCCACAUCAGGAGGAAGCUGCCACCCGAUUUCCGAUUGAACCACCAAGGCUGAGCUCAGUAGCCCCAGAAGCUGGUGAAGUUUCUCAAAGGCAUUACCCUCGUAAAAUUUCAUAUUCAGGGCCUGUGGUUAGUAGAGGACAGCAAGCUAAGAGCAGGAAAAAAGAUGAUGAUUUAUUGAGGCUUGCAGCUGCUGCCAAUUUAUCUGGCCUAUCCAGUUUAGUCGCAGCAAGUACGAAUGCUCUUUUAGAUGGCAGUGAAAGAAACGAUUCUCAAUUAAAAAAUACUACACCAGAUGGCAGACUUUCGGAGUCUGGAUAUGCUCAAGCGUACCCCGGAGGAUCUCAUCUGAAGGAGGAUGAAAGAGACAGCUAUAUGAACCAGUCUUUGCCCCAAGGGUUCGGAUCAAAGGGAAAAAAAAUACACUACUCAGGACCAUUGAUUCGCCCGUCCGGGAACGUCGACCAGAUGCUCAGAGAUCACGACCGUCAGGUCCAAGAGGUGAUUCGACGAGCAAGGAUCGAUCGGUCGAAGGUCAGAAAAAAUCAGGACAAUGGCGGCCAAGCCGGGUCCAAUCUCAAACCCCACAACCUGGGUGUUGCUCCUGUGUAUCCCUCUAGCCGAAGCUCAGUUAUAGUCUUCACUACUAGUCGUGGGGCUUUACAGCAGCAACAGCAAGGUUAGGCAUUUUUUUCUGAGACCUGUGAGUUUGCAAUUGUUAUUAUUGGGGCUGUGAAUUGGGUGGGAAAGAGAUAAAUGUUGAUGUAUAGAGUCUCUGUAAUGUAUUUUUUUGGUUAAGUUUAAAGUGUUUGAGAGGUUGAAUUAUAAAGUAAAUCAUUUUUCAAUUAAUUCAGUUAAAUAGUGGCUGUUUGAAUUUGGUCA